UCGGGCCCCUCCUGGAGCCCGCCCCGGCCCCAGCCCAAGCUGCCCUCUGCCGUCGGGUUGGGGAGGGGACGGUGCACUCCAGACGCCAAGGAGGUGGAGGACAGGAGGUGCUGUCGGUGUGCCCGAGGCAGGGGAUCCGCCCUGCGCCCCACCCAGCCCGAACGCCAGCCCGGAUGCCGGUGGGAACCGUGUACCUCCUGGAUCCAGGGGACCUCUGAGUGACCGCAGGGCUGGGGUCCCCUGUCACCCCACGGCCAGGGCAGGGAGCGCUGGACACCGGGUCCCACCGGCCCUGCCAGUUCCUCUUCCGGGCUCGCGGGCUCCCAUGGCCCUCGGGCCCAGCGCGGUGACCCCGGGGGAUGGAGCCGUUCCUCAGGAGGCGGCUGGCCUUCCUGUCCUUCUUCUGGGACAAGAUCUGGCCGGCGGGCGGCGAGCCGGACCAUGGCACCCCUGGGUCCCUGGACCCCAACACUGACCCAGUGCCCACGCUCCCCGCCGAGCCUUGCAGCCCCUUCCCUCAGCUCUUCCUUGCGCUCUAUGACUUCACGGCGCGGUGUGGCGGGGAGCUGAGUGUCCGCCGCGGGGACAGGCUCUGUGCCCUCGAAGAGGGGGGCGGCUACAUCUUCGCACGCAGGCUUUCGGGCCAGCCCAGCGCCGGGCUCGUGCCCAUCACCCACGUGGCCAAGGCUUCUCCUGAGACGCUCUCAGACCAACCCUGGUACUUUAGUGGGGUCAGUCGGACCCAGGCACAGCAGCUGCUCCUCUCCCCACCCAACGAACCAGGGGCCUUCCUCAUCCGGCCCAGCGAGAGCAGCCUCGGGGGCUACUCACUGUCAGUCCGGGCCCAGGCCAAGGUCUGCCACUACCGGGUCUCCAUGGCAGCUGAUGGCAGCCUCUACCUGCAGAAGGGACGGCUCUUUCCCGGCCUGGAGGAGCUACUCACCUACUACAAGGCCAACUGGAAGCUGAUCCAGAACCCCCUGCUGCAGCCCUGCAUGCCCCAGAAGGCCCCGCGGCAGGACGUGUGGGAGCGGCCACACUCCGAAUUCGCCCUUGGGAGGAAGCUGGGUGAAGGCUACUUUGGGGAGGUGUGGGAAGGCCUGUGGCUGGGCUCCCUGCCCGUGGCGAUCAAGGUCAUCAAGUCAGCCAACAUGAAGCUCACUGACCUCGCCAAGGAGAUCCAGACGCUGAAGGGCCUGCGGCACGAGCGGCUCAUCCGGCUGCACGCAGUGUGCUCGGGCGGGGAGCCUGUAUACAUCGUCACGGAACUCAUGCGCAAGGGGAACCUGCAGGCCUUCCUGGGCAGCCCCGAGGGCCGGGCCCUGCGUCUGCCGCCACUCCUGGGCUUUGCCUGCCAGGUGGCUGAGGGCAUGAGCUACCUGGAGGAGCAGCGCGUUGUGCAUCGGGACUUGGCCGCCAGGAACGUGCUUGUGGACGACGGCCUGGCCUGCAAGGUGGCUGACUUCGGCCUGGCCCGGCUGCUCAAGGACGACAUCUACUCCCCGAGCAGCAGCUCCAAGAUCCCGGUCAAGUGGACAGCGCCUGAGGCGGCCAAUUAUCGUGUCUUCUCCCAGAAGUCAGACGUCUGGUCCUUCGGCGUCCUGCUGUACGAGGUUUUCACCUAUGGCCAGUGUCCCUACGAAGGGAUGACCAACCACGAGACGCUGCAGCAGAUCAUGCGAGGGUACCGGCUGCCGCGCCCGGCUGCCUGCCCGGCGGAGGUCUACGUGCUCAUGCUGGAGUGCUGGAGGAGCAGCCCCGAGGAACGGCCCUCCUUCGCCACGCUGCGGGAGAAGCUGCACGCCAUCCACAGAUGCCACCCCCGAGUCCUCACGUGACCCAACGCUCUGCGCUCCAGCCAGGCCAGCCCCUCGUCCCUGCAGAGCGCCAACUCGAAGGGAUGCCGGUCUGCCGGACCGAGGAGCCUCUGGCUGUGGGCCUCAGGCCCUGGCGUGCACACGUGUUCGUGCACCAGGCAGACGUGCAGACAGAGGGCUGGGGCUGACGUUCCCCGUGCAGUGUGACUCGUGCAGACGGAGGGCUGGGGCUGACGUCCCCCGUGCAGUGUGACUCGUGCAGACGGAGGGCUGGGGCUGACGUCCCCCGUGCAGUGUGACUCGUGCAGACGGAGGGCUGGGGCUGACGUCCCCCGUGCAGUGUGACUCGUGCAGACGGAGGGCUGGGGCUGACGUCCCCCGUGCAGUGUGACUCGUGCAGACGGAGGGCUGGGGCUGACGUUCCCCGUGCAGUGUGACUCGUGUCUCUGGCAUCUCAAGAGAGACAACAGCACAGGAGGGUGGGUAGAAGCCUCGGAGGCUCUGGGCGGGGAACCCUGAGCCCUGUGUGUCUCCUGCCUGGGUCCCUUGGACUCCCUCCCAGGGUGAAGAGCCAAAGGCCCAGUUCUCUCCCUAGUCCCAGCUUGGGUUUUUGGAAGUGACCAGUGCUGGCUCCCAGGCAGACUGUGGUGUUGACCCCACUGGGUGUGUGGUAUGUAGGCACGGGGUGGCACCGUCACCUGCCCCUCACAGACACGCUGGCGGCCUGUGCACAAACCCACUCACGCACACAGCACUCAGUAAGCCGAGACUGACCCACUCAGACACGCACACAGGCGCACAUCACACACAGGCUCAGCCCCCCAAACCCAGACCCAGGAGCUGGAGCGUAGGGGUCCACGUGGCUAGAAAAUGCAGGUUGGAGCGGCCCCCAUGCCGCCUAGACCCCCAGCCCAGGACAUCAUGGUGCCCAGACAGCGUGAGCCCCAAGGGCAUUGGCAGGAGCUGCCGAUUCCAUCUCCCUGGGCGGGUUCCAGGUGGCACAGGAAGGGUGGGCCGGGAGGCUUGGUGACCUGGGAGCUGCCCUUGGAGGCUAUUUCCAGGGGCCUCAGGGUGGGCCGUGGGGGAUUUGGAGUCUUCUGCCUGUGCAGGGUCAGGCAGGGUCGGUUGGGGGCUCGGAGGUAGAUGCCAUGGUAUGCUGGGCAGCAAGUGGCUCAGAAAGCCUCUGGGUGUGAGUCCUCGGGGGUCACCAAGGCAGGAGGGGGCAGGGAUGUGCAGGGUCGGCCCUCGUCUCCCCACGUCUGGCUCAGGGAAGCUUCUGCUCAGGUCUUCGUGAAACACGUCAAGAAGCAAGGGGGCCGGCGGGGUCUGUUUGUGGCCCCCGGAGACCCUGCCCCCCACCCUCCUGGGAGCCCAGGUUGGCAGCUGUGCCCAGAAGGCUUUCGGGGAUGGAAAGUUUGGAGACAAGUUCAGGCCUGACUGAGUCCUUGUCCCCUAGAGUUGGGGUCAGCUCUGUACCUGCUGAGCCGAAGUGCUGAUGGCCGCCGUCCACAGGCCCCGGCCAAAGGCUGGCUCAGGAGGAAGCUAAGAGAUGAGACUCCCGUGUGCAGAGACAGGUGGCCCCGGGGAGGGAAGAGGCCACUCGGAGGCUCCGAGAACGGAGGCAGCGCAGGGGCUUCCUGGGGCCUGUGCAUAGAAGGAGCAAGGCCAAGCGGAGGGAAGCAGCAGGAACCAGGACCCCUGCAGAUGGUGGAGGCAAGAGGCUUUAUCUGAGCCUUUGGGACCCUGGCCACCUGCCCAGCUCCAUCUGCAUGGGAGAACCUAGGGGAGGGGCUGGCUCUGGUACCUGGGCCCACUGAGGCCUUGAGCUGAGCUUCCGGUUCUGGCAGGUCCCCAGCACAGCAGCCUGGGGGCUCCUCUGGCACAGACGGCCUCGCCCUCUGUGCUUUCUGCAGCCGCCACUGGGGUUAAGGGAACCAGGUGUGUCUGUGGCACCUGUGCCCUCCUAGGCAUCUCGCCAGCCACCAGCUGAACAGGUUUGGUGCUCCUGGGUAUCUGGGAGGGGCCGGGGACGUUCCUGCCUCCUGGUGUGGCUUAGACUGAACGUCCUGCACGUCCGAACUCAGGGAUACUCGAGGCUUCCUGGACAUAGACUCACGGGCCCAGAGUCCCAGGCUCGAGUACACCGGGGCGGUGUCAGAGCUGGUGGGCUCUGAGGGACGCUGCCCGGCCAGAUGCCCCGGCGCCCUCCUUCCGCAUUCCCCACCCCCCACCCCUCCCCCUGCAUCCUCCCCGACCGACCCCAGACAGAGCUGGGAGGGCCAGAGGGACACUGCCCAGGCCGGCACCCCGCUGCCCCUCCCCACCUUGGUCAGUGCUGAGCUGGGCUGCCCAGAAAUCUAUGAACCUGUUAAAUAACCCAGAUUAUUGUUCUUAAUCUCAAAACAAUGAGUGGAAGGUGCCAUUAUUUCUCUUUGCAAUAAAAAUAAAAGUUCAAAUACGCAGUUUAGGGACUUUCCCUACCACUCCUUGCAGACUUUGAGUUUCCCUUCCCACCCCUU